AUGGCUCGCUCGCUCCCGAAAUGCGUCGACACGGUGAUCAUCGGCAAUGGCCCUUCGGCCCUGAUCCUCUCGUUCAUGCUGCAUGGGAACGUCCCGUACUACGUGGGUGGACACCAUGACCCCAUCCUCGCCGCGAAACUCGAGCAACAGCCCAACCUGCUGCACCUGACGCCGGACCUCUACGCGCACUUCCUCUCUUCGCUGCGCUACUCGACGCAGGCCCUGCCCAUCAACACGCUCCUCGACACGCUCAUCCGGCCGAAUGCGGAUACCGAGGUCAACCCCAAGUCGUGCAUCGAGUGGCGGUACGAGCCUGAGAGGGCCGUCUCACAUGUUGCCAUUGGCGACACGGCGCAUGCGGGCGGACAGUGGGCGGACAAUCCCGUGUCGGCAAGCGCGGAUAUUGGCACGCUGAGCUACGCAGAGCAACUGUCGCUGCCGGGCUACUCGUACGCCGACCACCUAGCCAAGAGGGAGAAGACGGACCAAUGCGACUUUGUGCGUCCGUCGAGGACCGAGUUCGCCGACUACCUGAGCGCAUACCCGGAGGCUGUGGGCAUUAGCGAGGCGAUCAUCACGGGGACUAAGGUCGAGGAUGUGUGCAGGACCGGGGAUGGCUUCGUUGUCAGGUCGCUGGGCAUACGCUGCAGGCACCUCGUCCUCGCGUCUGGCACCUUCACCGUCAACAUCCCACCGCCGCGCCUCCUGCUGCCAGUCGCACAGCUCGACUCUGCUCAGCAUCCUCUGCUGGUCAUCGGCUCAGGCUUCUCAGCCGCAGACGUGAUCAUCUCAGCGGCCCCAACCCGCAGGAUCAUCCACAUCUUCCAAUGGGCCCCUCACACCCGCCCGUCCCCGCUGCGAGGCUGCCACCACACCGCAUACCCCGAAUACGCAACCGUCUACCGCCAGAUGAAGAUCGCCGCCAUCGCAUCCACCAAGGGUCGAACCGCGGUAUCGCCCAUGCGGCGACGGAAGUCAUACGCCCAGUCCCAGCAGCGCGACUGGUCUCUCUACGAAGGCCUACCCAACGCCGACAUAACAGACCUAUCCAUCUCACACACCACCGGCGCAGCAACCCUCACCAUCCGCCUCCCCUCCGGCGAGCAAACCACCCGCCAAGCAGGCAGUCUCGCCUACGUCGUCGGCCGCCGCGGAACCCUCUCCUUCCUCUCCCCCGCCCUCCAAACCGAAAUCCUCAACACCACCACCCCCGACGACAACAACCCCUCCCCCCUAAUCUCCGGCCGCACACUCCGCGCCAAGGCAGAAGCCUCCCUCGAAGUCGCCCCAGACGUCUUCAUCACAGGCAGUCUGACAGGCGACUCGCUCAUCCGCCACGCGGUCGGCGGCUGCGUCUUCGCUGCUGGUCGUAUCUUGCGCGCUAUUCCCUCCCCCGCAUCGCCCAUAGCUGCGUAUCCCAUCACCCGCCCCUCGUCCCCUGCUUCGUCGUCCACGGACUCGAGUCCCAACCCUAAUCAGAGGAGGUCGGGCAAGAGUACGCCGGGCGAGCUUACGAAUGGGCAUGCGGAUUUGCAUCUUGAUCGUAGGAAACUUACGCGUGCUGUUGAGGUUGCGAGGGCGGAGAAUCGGUAUUGGGUUGAGACGGGGUGGUGGGCUGGGGGGCUGGGGUUUGGGAGUGGGUGA